CCCCGGCAAAAACAACGAAAACUUAACUUUAGGGUCACCUGCGCAGCCAAAACUGAGCCACAGGAGUACAAUAAUCUAAAAAAAAAAGUUUGAUGUAGAGUAUUUUUUGAUGUUGAGAAAAUCAGGGUUUGGAACACGAAGAUCACGGAAGGUGAGCACGGGGGGGGGGGGGGGGAAGGGGGCCGAAUUGGAGGGAGAGGAAAGGCAGAGACUCAAUUAGGAGAAGUCCUGGAGUUAAAGGCACUCUCUGGGUCUUCCAGGCCAGUGAACGGGCUCCGUACAGGUGGCGGGAAUAGAGUCCAUAGAAUGUUCUAAAAGUGAAAGUCGAACGCAAACUAAAAGAGAGGACUCAGAGACAAACGGACGAACCGAUAAAAGAGAAGUCUGUGAUCCCGCAAAAAAAAAAAAUCCCAAGCUGGAGAGGGCGAAAAGCAUUAAAACACGUGAGCGCGUGCCCGCGGUACAAGGGCUGACUUAGGAAGGGGGGUAGGCUAGGGCGUGAGAGGAAAUGAGGGGUCCCGGGAAGGGGAGGCAAAAGAACAAAGGCAAGCAAGUAAACUGAGCUCAGAAGGAAGUGGAAGAGAGGGGCGGGAUGAGGUUAUCCAAUGAAAUUGCUCGGAAUUUCGAGGGCGGGCAGGGUUGACUUUCCACCAAUUCAUUCUGGCGCAGGGCUUUUGAACGUUCCAAUCAGAACGUUCUCGUCGAUAUAAAUAUAGGCGAGGGUGGUUGGGUUUUUCCGUAGUUGUUUGGUUGUUGGGAAGUGGAGUUCUCUGCUGUCUUAUCAUGGCUCGUACGAAGCAGACCGCUCGUAAGUCUACCGGUGGCAAGGCUCCUCGUAAGCAGCUCGCUACGAAGGCUGCCCGUAAGAGCGCGCCGGCUACCGGCGGCGUGAAGAAGCCUCACCGCUACCGGCCCGGCACCGUGGCCCUGCGGGAGAUCCGGCGCUACCAGAAGUCGACCGAGCUGCUGAUCCGCAAGCUGCCUUUCCAGCGGCUGGUGCGCGAGAUCGCGCAGGACUUCAAGACUGACCUGCGCUUCCAGAGCUCGGCCGUCAUGGCCUUGCAGGAGGCGAGCGAAGCCUAUCUGGUCGGGCUGUUUGAGGACACGAAUCUGUGCGCCAUCCACGCCAAGCGCGUGACUAUCAUGCCCAAAGACAUCCAGUUGGCUCGCCGCAUCCGCGGGGAGAGGGCUUAAAAAUCUUAAAAAAAGCUAAACCACCAAAGGCUCUUUUCAGAGCCACCCACUGUUUCGGAAAGAGUAGCUGUAUUUUCACGUACGCUAGUUCCCUUUCGAGCAGCACCGUGGCGUAGCGAGUAGAAAACCCGCCAUCCGCUUGGUUUUCAACUCCAGCCACUCACCAACUCAAAAAAUAGACAACUCCCCUCUCUAUGCCCCUUUUCCGGUGUCCUUAAUCCCCCCGCCCCGCUUAGGUCUGGCUUUCCCCCGGGGGGGGGGGGCGCCAAGGCAAAAAAGAGGUGGGGCUGUGGGAGGGCGUGCUUUUCUAAUAAAUGAAACAGGUACAGGUGGGCUAAGCAUUCCUUUUUUCUUUUCCCCCUUC